AUGGAGAGCUCUGGAGAAUGCACUAGUCCUUACACAGAUGCUAGCCCUAGCUUUUUGGCAAUGCUGCAGGAAGUGGAACCUCGGGUGGCUCGUCGCCGCCUUUCUCAAGCCCGACACCGUGCAAAGCUGGCCGGUCUUUUCAAUCAUCUACGAGACACAGUAUGUCCUCAGUCCAAGAGGACCAAGAGGACCACUUCAAAAUGGCAGGUACUGCGUAAGACAAAGAAUUACAUCUUGGACUUAGAACGAAAGCUAGAAACUUUGCUGAAACUUAAAGAAGCAUAUCACUUGGAAGAUGGUCAUCCGUCAAACCUGGAAGAAGUAAAAGAGCAAUACAUCAGUUACUACAAGGAGCAUUGUGACUUGGCAUCAGCAAAUCUACCUGGUAAGACGAGGAUGGCUCUUUGGCAGUGGCUGAGAGAAUACAGAGGUCACCCUGCAGAGAGUGAUUUGAAACCAGUUUAUUCCCAGUCUCCUGUGAAAUCCUCAGCAGAUCUCAUAGAAUUUGAAGGAUACUUGAAUUUUUACAAAGAAACUGUGGACCUUUUAGUGGAGAAUAGGAUAGUGUCCAUGGAACAGAUCACCCUCCCCAUUGUAUCAAAAGCAAUUUCACAUCUCUGGCAGAACAUGUCUGGGGAAAAGAAGACAGACAUCUUCAAAAAAUGUUCUCAAAGGGUGUGUUUGUCUCCAGAAGAGCAAAUCACAUUGCCGAUCCCUUUACAGAUGGACUGUACUGUGAGGGACAGAGCUUUAGACAGCCAGGGAGCAAGUGGUUCAUCAGAAUCCAAUCACGAUGAGAUGCUUUUUGAAGAUGCAUUUGAUUUAGCUUCAGGAUUCUUGGUAAAACCAGAGCUGAAUGCACAAACAGGAAUAAAACGGGAAAGCAGCUCCAUCUUCACUCAUUGUUCCUCUGAAAAUCCAGAAGAGACCUGUAUUCUAUAUAAGCAGAUAAUUAACUUUGUGAUGGCUCGAUCUGGUACAGUCACACAUCAUUCUCAGAUAGACUCUCAUUGGAUCUCGAUCAGUCAACCAGAAGGGGAAGCCACUGCCGACGAACACGGGACCGUUCUAAAAAGAACGGGACGCAUCUUCCCAGCUGUCGACGGUGCCUACCCUGCUGGUGAUGAUGGACAUCCCGGACGAGCCCCCAAAUUGUGA